ACAUUUUCCCCUCGGGCCCCGACAAUUCUAGAGACGGCCCUGCUUUUUCCUCCGAUGUGUUGCUAAUGAUGUAAUUCCUCCUAGUCCUGUAACCCAGGAUCCCCCAGCAGGCGGACUGCAGGCUGGUUUUUCGGUUUUAAAGCCAGGCUCCGCCUCUCCACCCAGCUUGUCCAGCAGCAGCGGCGCCGGCGGCGGCUCAGUGCGCCGGGGAGCGUCAGGCAGCAGGACACGCCGCGGACGGGAGCGGACCCGCCGGAUCACAAAACUCGAUCCCUCCUUGCCUUCACGGGGAAAACACCCCCACACAUCUCCUCAGACCGAGCGAUCCGGUGGAUACAUCGGAACAAACUCCGGGUUGGAUCCGUAGCCAGUGGCGGGCAGGAGGGAUGCUGCUCCAGCCCGACACGGUGCACCGCGCAGUCCGCCUCCCAGGCUGGUGAUGCCCGCCGCGGUGCGGGGAUCCCCACCCAGCUGCAGCGGCAGCAGGUCGGAACAACAGGGCGUCGGGGAGAUGGUGGUGGUUCGGCCGGGAUCAUGGCUAACGGAACCGGUUCUAUCAUGCUGAAAUGCGUCGUGGUUGGAGACGGCGCAGUGGGUAAAACGUGUCUCCUGAUGAGCUAUGCCAACGACGCCUUUCCAGAGGAGUAUGUGCCCACGGUGUUUGAUCAUUAUGCAGUGAGCGUCAACGUUGGAGGGAAGCAGUACUUGUUGGGACUGUAUGACACAGCUGGCCAGGAGGACUACGACCGCCUGAGGCCCUUGUCCUAUCCGAUGACAGAUGUCUUCCUCAUCUGCUUCUCCGUUGUCAACCCGGCCAGUUUCCAAAACGUGCGUGAGGAAUGGGUGCCGGAGCUGCAGGAGUACGCACCCAGCGUUCCCUACCUGCUGAUUGGCACCCAGAUUGACCUUCGUGAUGAUCCUAAGACUAUCGCAAAACUGAACAACAUGAAGGAGAAGCCAAUCGCCACGGAGCAGGGACAGAAACUGGCCAAGGAGAUCGGGGCGUGUUGCUACGUGGAGUGCUCAGCGCUGACCCAGAAGGGCCUGAAGACGGUGUUUGACGAGGCCAUCAUCGCCAUUCUGGCUCCCAAGAGGAAGAAGGGAUCCAUGAAGAGAAGACUGGGACCCCGCUGUAUCAACUGCUGCUUGAUCACGUGAUGUGGCGGCUCCUCCAAAUCCUUCUUGUGAAAGACCACAAACCAAACAUGGACUGACGGCAAAACAUGGAUAAAAUGCAAAGACAAAAACCAGGAGGAUUGACGGACAAAACAGGAGCUAGCUCUGAGACUCUUGAAAUACCAGAAGUCUCUCCUGAGCUGAGAAUGCCGUUUUUACCAAAGGAGCUCAAAACCCAUCAUUCUCUUCUUCUACAAGACUUUUGCCUCAAAAGUACCUUCUUUUAUAACCAUUUUAAUCAUUUUUUUGUUUAUUUCUGUCGCUGUAUGCCGUUACAGGAAAGACAUUUCAGCUUUAAUAUGAAUGCUUAAUUCAUAAGUAUUUCUAUUGUUUUUGGAAAUUACUUUUAAGUUUAUCUCCAAAAUUAUGGAAGAGAAGAAGUUCUUAGCUUUGAAAUUUUGUCAUGGGAGACUCAGUUUUACAUUUUUAAUUUCAAAACUUUAAAUUCGGACGAAUUGUGGACCUACAGCUGCGUUAUUUUUAAGGUUGUUUUGUAGUGUGGCAUGCCAAAAUACUCCAAGGUAGAACAAAACUGAGGAGUUCACAAGAAAAUGAAAAUGUUUAUUAUCCAUUUUUAGAAACUAUAUUAUCUAGAGUUUGUAAGAUUAUAUCACUAAAUCAAAUAUCAUCAAGAUCAUAUUUUAUCAGCUGAUAAAUAACAUUUUGUUAUGCAGUAACUUGCUAUGUUUUUAUCAAUUUAAAGAGAGAAAUUGUAGACUAACUCGUAUAUUUCCCAAAGAAUGCACAUCUUUCAUUAAAGGGCAUAUAUCAUAAGUUUUUCAUAUCGUUUUUU